AGGACUAAAAUGAAAAAGAAAAAGAAUAAUACUGAUGAUAAUGAACAUUUGUUGUACAUGCACAAGAGGUGGACCUCACUUACCCCAUUUACGUUUUGGUAAUUAUAUGCCUUAAGAAAAAAUAAAUUAAAUUUCUGAAAUCUAUUAACCAUCUUCUUCUUCUUCUUUCAAUCCCUUUUUCUUCUCUUUACAACACAUUGAAAUGUUGAGGAGAUGUGUUCCUUUGCAUAAUGACCAUCUUUACUUAACAGAUUCAGGAACAGAGUCUGACGAUUUAUUAAAUGUUCAGAGAAGUAAUAGAGGAAUUUACAUGGGAAAACAAAGAUGCAAAAUUAACAGAAAUAAUAUGAUUGAUGGGGAAGGAAAAGGAAAAGCCAAAGCCAAAGCCAAAGCCAAAGCAUUCAAGGCAAAAUCAGAAACAACAAAAAAGAAAUUUCUGAUUAUGUCAAAGUUUUUGGAAAAAGCUUGUAACAAUACAGAGAUGAUGAUGAUGACGGCAACAAAGGCAGAAAAAUAUCAGCAGCUCAUGAAACAUAUUCCGAUUCCAACAAGUGCUAGUAUUGGUACAGUGACAGAAAUUUCCUUCAUCAGCUGGCAAGGAUUAGCCAACUCCAUUAAGCAAAGGCAUGAGCAGCCGUUGCAUUAUCUCACCCACAAGCUUUUAAGAGAGUGGGAUGAAUCAAGAAUUGGCUCAAACGACGAGAACAAGGCGUUGGAGGAUAUUAUUGAUCCUGCUAAAGCUGAAGCUACUAUUUGGGUUGUUGAACAAUUUCACAGACAAUUCUCUUCUCCUCAACAUCUUACCAAACUAUGGCUUUCAGAUCCAUUGCAUCAAGAUUUUGUUGAUUCCAUUAUCUAGUACUACUCUCCAACCUCAUCUUCACCUUUUCUUUUUUCUUUUUAUGCCUUUUCUUCUCAUUUUCUUUAAUUAUGUGACUUUGUGUAGCAGCAUGUUCUUUUUGCUCUUGGAAAUGAAUUUUCAGCUAGCCGCCACC